ACAGUUGACACUCUCACCGUAAGACAUGGACGAGAAGACGACUCACACAAAAUUAUCUUCGCACAAUAUAACGGAAAAGAGGACCAUCCGAAAACCUGGCUUAGCGGGAAGGCCCUGGGUCCUGGUGCAGUCGAGGAGUAUCCAACAAUCAAUCUUAGUUCUUGGUAUACUACAGCUGACAGCUUAUUUGCGUGGAAGAACAAUCCCGGAUUCGAGUAUGAUGCCGGAGAACAUUUCAUGAGACACAAAAGAGAUAUGGGGCCUGGAAAUAUAAUGAUAACACAGCGUUUUAACGAGAAAAUCGUCACACCUGGUGAGGACAUAAGUUUACAAUGCACAGCCACGUCUGCUAGACCGCCGAGAUUUAUAUGGGAGAGAGACGGCGUUGUCAUAUCUUCCAACACAGAAUCCAGGUAUUCGUUAGGGCAAAUGAUGUCACCAUCGGGAAUUGGAGUGGUGUCACACCUAAACAUAUCGAGGACACGAGUAGAAGAUGGAGGAUUGUAUUCUUGUUUAGCUGUAGAAGGAGAUUCUAGCGUAAUGCAUGUAGCUCGAGUUGAUAUUUACGGACCACCGUAUAUUAGAGCCCUUCCACCAAUCAAAGUACAGAGCGGUGAAGCAAUGAAACUUAGAUGUCCGUAUUAUGGAUACCCCAUAAGUAAGUUAGAAUGGGAGUACAAAGGGAAGAAGAUUAUAAGCACAUCAUUAUCUCAACAUGGAAGGUACAAGAGAACAUAUGGAAAUCUAAAAAGGAAACGCAGAAAACGGCAAAUCUAUGAACCGAGCGAAGACGGUGUGUUAAAUAUAGCAAGAGUUAUAAAAGAAGAAAACGGUGAAAUGUACACUUGUAUCGUUUAUAGUCCUUCGGGUGAAAUGGCAAGAAGAUCCUUUGAAAUUCAAGUUGUUGAAGCGCCAGAGCUAGAUGAACUUCGAGUAGGCUCUGGUUUGAAAGAAGGUCAAAUAGUGCAAAUCACAUGUAAUAUAAUAAGUGGAGAUCCGCCCUUAUAUUUCUCUUGGCUUAAAGACGGAAAAAAAAUACCAGCUAGUUUAAAGAUUACGGAACGAAGCGCGGAGCUAUUUAGUGUCCUAAUAAUAAAGAGAGUUUCAUUAGAACAUUGCGGAAAGUACACGUGUAUAGCUACGAACCACGUCGGAAAAGUUAACAAGACCGCCGAUCUUUUUAUAAAUGUGGCACCAAAAUGGAUGCAAGAACCAUCAAAUACAUCAUUGUUACUUGGACAACGUGGUGUGGUAUAUUGUGAUGCAAAUGGAUAUCCUACACCUCAAGUGCACUGGAUGAAAAGAGAUGCUACACUUGGAAUUUGGCGACCAGUUCUUGAUCUCGCUGGUGGUGGAGUGAUGAGUUAUCCUAACGGUACACUCAUCAUUGAAGUCGUAUCUUUGGCUGAUGAAGGCAUGUAUGCAUGUAACGUAGAAAACGGAGUCGGAGAGCCUCUCAAUAAAAACUUAUGGAUAAGCGUUAAUAAGCCGGUGCACUUCGAGUCGGUUGGUUCUAAUGUCACCACUAAAAUGGGUUUGCCUGCUAUUCUAACUUGCAAACCACUGGGAGAUAGUCCGAUCAGAGUGAAAUGGUCUUUGAAUGGAAAACCUUUAGACUUCACUUCUUCUAGAAUAACAGUAUCAGAAACCCUGACCCACAAUGGUGUUAAAAGUAUCAUUAACUUAAAUUAUGUUGAGAGUCGAGAUGGAGGAACAUACGAGUGUAGAGCUAGUAAUCCAUUUGGAGUUUCAACAUACAACGUAAAUUUGAAUAUACUGGAACCACCGACACCACCUUUAGAUUUACAAGUAGAUUCAGUAUCGAGUAAUUCAGUAAAACUCUCGUGGAGGGAUACCAUCAGUGCACAUGUACAGUAUUAUACCAUACAAUACACUACCACCGACUUCACGAUGUGGGAUACAGCAAAGAAUAUAAAUAUAACGAGACAAGAUGGCGAUUUAAGACAGAAUAUUGAAUUAAGGGAUUUACAACCAGCAGUAGAUUACAGGGUUAGAGUGGCAGCGGGAAACCAAGUAGACUUGAGUCCUUAUACCCAACCUGUCCAUUUCACGACACAACAAGAAGCACCAUCGUCGACUCCACUUGGAGUGCAAGUCCAACAAACUGAAAACCCUGGAGAGCUACUCGUCACGUGGAUUCCGCCACCGCGGGAGAGCCACAAUGGCCUACUGCAAGGAUACCACGUGAAGGCCGUACCUAGGAUAAGCGGAGAACCAGGACCGACUGACACCCAGACUAAGGUGAUAAAAGUAGUAUCGAAAAAAGGAAAACAAGAGACUACCCUUAGUGGACUAUUGAAAAAUACAAGAUAUGCAGUUACAGUAAGUGCUUUUAACUCUGCUGGUAAUGGGCCAUUUUCGUUACCGGUAUACCAAACUACACGAGAAGGAGCUCCAGAACAUCCUCCACCUGGAGUGGAAUGUAGAGGCGUAUCCUCAUCUUCACUGAGAAUAUCAUGGCAACCUAUCACUGCUCCUGGUUCAUCACUGCUCGGAUAUUCUGUUUUCUAUGGCACUGAAGACGGGCCUUGGCAAAACAUCAGCUCGCCUCAUACAGAGCUGUACCUUCAAGCACUCAUGAAAUAUACUAACUACACCGUUAAAGUUGCUGGCUUCUCCAACUACGGGAUUGGACCGUUUUCCUAUCCGAUUACCUGUACUACAUUGCAAGACGUUCCUGGUCCACCAUCAGCCAUCAAAGUGGUGGUGUCAUCGUCCACUUCGCUUCUAGUCAGCUGGAGGAAACCAGACCAACCUAACGGAGUUAUUUCACACUACACCAUCUAUGUGAAGCCAGUUUCAAGUACUGCAGCUCCCCAAAGCUAUCGUGUAGAGGCAAACCAAGAGCAAUCAAGACAGCUAACAUUCCCACUAACUGAAUUGUCUCCUGGCAAACAAUACGAAGUAUUUGUGAGGGCCCACACUUCUGCUGGAGAAGGUGCUCCAAGCAAUCGGAUACAUGCAGAGUUAUCUUCAAAAGUGGUAGCAGGAGUGGCUUCGUUAGGUGGUCACAUAUCAGUGGGUGUGGGCAGUUCGUUACUACUCGUGUGUCAAUGCGUGGGUACGCCACCACCACGUACUGUGUGGUACCACAAGCACAACAUUAUCACGCACCACCCGCGCUUCACCAGGAACCAUGAUGACAGCCUGCUGAUUAAUAAUAUUGAUCAAUCGCUCAGCGGCAAUUACACGUGUCUCGCGAAGAAUCUUUAUGGAUCAGACGCGGUGUCAUAUGACGUGACAGUGCUGCCAACACCAGAACCACCCAGUUUGAAGGUCAUAGCCCACAAGAACACAUUGCAUUUACAUUGGGAUGCACCGAGGAAGAUCGGUGGAAAAUUGCAGAAAAUAAGUUAUAAUCUAACGUGGAAAGAAGCCAACGGCUCCUGGCAAGAUGUAUGGACUAACAAGGUCACCUCUCUACAAGGCACACAUGAGUAUACUCUGCAGAAUCUGAAAUGUGGCACUAAAUAUUCCAUUAGAAUGACCGCUUCAAACAGCGUUGGUGCCUCACAACCGACUUAUAUCGACGCUACUACCCUAGGAGGGAUUCCUAUAUCUCCUACUAGCACCGAAUGGUUCUGGAGCAACGCAACUCACGUAUUUAUCCAACUUAGCGGCUGGGACGACAACGGCUGUGAGAUCACCAAGUUUGAAGUAGAUUAUAGAGAAUAUGGAAGCAAGAUUUGGAAAAGAGCUGACAACAAAAUUCCUCAUUUAGACUCCGGUUGGAAUCACUACAUAUCUUCGUCCAUAUUGAAUCAACCAAACUCCUUUGUGAUUGGGGAUUUGUCACCAGCUCAGUGGUAUCAAAUCCGAGUAUGCGCUGAAAAUUCCGCUGGGGUAUCCACUUCGUUAUAUACAUAUGCUACAACCACUUCAAAGGGAGAAUCAAUAGGACCACCAUCUGAAUUCUUUGAUAUCAACAUGCUUGUUAUCAUAUGCAGUUCAAUACUACUAACGAUUUGUUGUUUGACGUGUAUUUAUAUACUAAUAAAGAGGCAUAAUCAUCAACGUUUAACCGAAUAUCGUAAUUCGCUAACAGCUGAAUGUAAGUCAGAAAGAAGUAAUGUCACUGCAAAUACACCACAAAGUGUGCCAACAGAUGUGAAUAACAGAGUAUAUAGUACACCAGUUCAUCUUACAGCUGAUACUAAGCAUGAACUAUAUGAGAUCAGUCCUUACGCGCAGUUUGCUAUUGGAUUCCGGACGUUUGGGCAUGUAGAUAACCAAGAAGUCCCAAACAGAACACAUCUACCGGGUAACAGCAAAUCGAGAUAUGAUAGUGAAACCAGUUUUCAAAUGAGGUCGGAGUCUGAAGAAAGCGAUUGCGUAUCGAGGACGACCACACUGAAAAGCUUACCAAGAAAAGCAUGCAGGGUGCCACACCACAGGUAGCUGAGUAGAUAGUCUUAAAUGGUUUAGAUUUAAUAGUUUCUGGUUGUGUUCAUUACAACAAUGCAAUAGAUAAUUAUACAUUUUUCUGAUCUCAUGUACAUUAAGAGUUUUAGAGUUAAGCCGUAUUUGAAUUUGUAAGUUACGGUAACAAUUUUUUUUCUAGCGAAACUGACUGGAUUUAAAACUUUAGUAUUAUGUGUUGAUUAUUUUUAUAACUGGCUAAAUUUAAAACUAUAGUAUAAUGUGUUGAAUUUUUUUAUUUAUAUUCAGGAUAUCAUCAAAUAUAAAAAAGAUUCGAUUAAUAUCAAUACAUUGAAAAUAUCUCAGAAGUCUUGAUCAUUGGUAGUGAUUUAAUAGUAUUUUUGUACUUUAAGCGAACUGUAUAUAAAGUUGAUAAAAAUGUAUAUAAACGUUAAGACAAAGAGAAUGUCAAUAAACAAUGAUAUUAGGUAUUAUUGAAUAUGAUUCAAUUAAAAAUAUAUUUUUCAGUUUAUUUUACCCUUAUUAACUAGUCAUGCAACAAUUAAACUGCCUUUAUAUUGCGACGAUUAUAUGGCGAAUCCAAAAUGUUUGCAUAAUCUAUUUCUAAAAUGUGUUCAAUUUCUUUUAAGUCAUCAUCUAAAAGAGACAAUCUGAUAAGAACUUAUAAGAAUAGCAUUUUUGUACCUAUCAAUUUAUAUGUGAACUGUACAUAAUUUACGAUCUAAUUUAUCCAAAUAAUAAUUUUCGAGCAACGUCUUAUAAUACUCGUAGAUAUACUACGAAAAAAGAGGGGUGUUAUAGAGAAAAUAUUUUUAUGGAUCUCAUGCCUGCAUUUGCCUGCUUAAAUUUUAUUAAUGAUUGAUUAUUCCUUUUCUGUUCUAGAAAUAAAGCGAGGGAUUUUUAUUUCUUUGGUCUAAUAAAUAAGCAUUUACUUUAUCUGGGAAUAUGGGUAUACUUUUUAAAAAUGUGAAUUUCUUUAAUAAAUCAAAGAGGAUUCACCUAAAAUGUUUAUUUUAAAUUUGUUAAGUUUAGUAUGUGCGAGAUUAUAAAAUGUUCGUAAUGGUAACGAUCAGAAUAUGAAAUUAUCUUCCAAAAGACUGAUUGAUUAGUAUUUAUUGUUUUGUAAAUUCGUAAUUUUAAAUUUAGGAUUAAAAUUUUGAUGACAAAUAUAAAUGUUAGUGACGAUAAUUGUGUUGUUUUUUUUAUUGCCAUAUUAUAUUAUACAGUUAUUUCAAUUAUUAUUUUUUAUUUUAUUUCAAAUAUAAAGAAAAAA